UAUUUAAGCGCGCCAACAAAGACUAUUACAGAUCGUUUGUAUUUUAGGUCGUUUGUUUGCUAGCUCUCCGCCGUCUUUUCUGUAGUCCUGAAACAUGCCAGAGGAAACGUCUACAGCACCCAGCUCUAAGAGUGCGGAGGAGAAGCCAUGCUCAUCAUCAGCUGCAGCAGACAGCUCUGUCGACGUCAUGGAGGAGGCUAAAAAACUGAUUGGCACAGGAAACAGGCAUUUAGUGAUGGGAGAUGUGGUUUCUGCUGUCAGUGUUUUCCAGGACGCCUGCAGCAUGCUUGCUGCAAAGUAUGGGGAAACUGCAUACGAGUGUGGUGAGGCCUUCUUCUUAUGUGGGAAGUCCCUACUUGAGCUUGCCAGGAUGGAGAACAGUGUCCUUGGGAAUGCGCUGGAGGGAGUCCCAGAAGAAUCAGAGGAAGAGGAGCAGCCUGAAAAUUCCAAUAUUGAGAGUGCAAACAAGCUUGAUGAAAAAACUAGAGAUGAGCUGCGAAAGCAGGUGUAUGAUGCAAUGGCUGAGGAGGAAAAGACUGGGGUAGCUGACGGCAACCUGGAGUCUGAAGAGCCAACGGGUACUGCUGAGGUGACACAAGAAAAUAGUGUGAAGUCCCCAGUCAAAAGUGUGACUGGAUCAGAGCAACCCUCAGAAUCUCCUGUGAGCAGCGAAGAGAAGAGCUCACUCCAGGAAGCUGAGAAGACUCCAGGUGCUCCUGUGAAUGCUAAGGAAGAGAGUCCUGCUGCUGGGUCUCAUGGAGAGGAAACUGUGACAGAGGAGAAGGUGAAGGAGCAGACGGGAGAUGUGACUGCAACAAAGUCAGAUGGAGGACAAGAUGAAGAAUCUGAGGCUGAGCAGGACAAGGAGUCUUCAGAGGAUGAUGAUGAUGAUGAUGAUGAUGAUGAUGAUGAAGACGAAGAGGAUGAAGAGAAAAAUGGACAGGGCAAGGAAGAGGAGGAAGUUGGCAAUUUGCAGUUGGCUUGGGAGAUGCUGGAAGUGGCUAAAGUCAUUUACACAAGAAAGGAAACCAAAGAAGACCAGUUGAUGGCAGCCCAGGCAUAUCUAAAACUUGGAGAAGUCAGUGCUGAAUCAGGUAACUACCCUCAGGCGUUAGAAGACUUCCAGGAGUGUCUCGCCCUGCAGCUGAAGCAUUUGCCUCCCCACACUCGUCUUCUGGCUGAGACCCACUACCAUGUUGCCACCACACUGUGCUACAUGGAUCAGUACAACCAGGCCAUCCAGCACUACAACAGCUCCAUAAAAGUCAUUGAGAACCGUCUGGCCAUGUUACAGGAAGCAAUAGAUGCAGCAGAGGGGGCAGAUGCCGCAUCAGAAGACAAGAAUGAGAUGGAAGAGCUGAAGCAGCUUCUGCCUGACAUCAGGGAAAAGGUGGAGGAUGCUAAGGAGAGCGAGAGAACAGCCAGCACUGCCUCCCAGGCCAUCCAGCAAACACUAGGUGGUGCCUCGACUUCAUCAGCAUUCCUAUGUGAAAAUGGGGGUCCUUCAUCUUCCUCAGCAUUUGCAACAGCCAGCCAGGUUCCAGUUACACCGUCUGAUAGUGCCUCAUCUUCCAAAGCCAUCUCAGACAUCUCUCACCUCGUCAGGAAAAAGAGGAAACCAGAGGAGAGCCCAGUAAAGGACACUGAUACUAAACAAGCGAAACAGGAAGCCUCAGUUAAUGGCAGCGGUGACUCUAGUGCCAGCAAUGGCAGUGGAGUCCAGGAGGGGGAGUCACAGGAGCCUGCCAACCAAUCAGCCUCCGUCGAGUCUUCAGCAUGACCAGUCCAUGUUUUGUUCCUGAUAUUCAAAACCAGCACAGCAUGCCUGUUGGCUCCUCAAUCUUCAGCAGUCUUGUUUCUGUAAAUAACAUCCAUUUUCAUGAUUUGUCUGUCCAUUUUUGUAUACUUGUAGUAAAAGAAAUAAAGAAUUUGCAGCUGUAA